AUGGCGGCUACGACGGCGACUGCCGCGUCCGGGCCCCCAGGGCCCGCGGCUCCCGCGCCAGCGGCCGGGGCUCCGGGCGCGGGGAGCGCAGCCCCUGGGUCUCAGGGGGUGCUGAUAGGGGACAGGCUGUACUCUGGAGUGCUGAUCACUUUGGAGAACUGCCUCCUUCCCGACGACAAGCUUCGCUUUACGCCGUCCAUGUCGAGCGGCCUAGACACCGACACGGAGACGGACCUCCGCGUAGUGGGCUGCGAGCUCAUCCAGGCCGCCGGCAUCCUGCUUCGCCUGCCGCAGGUGGCCAUGGCUACUGGGCAGGUGUUAUUCCAGCGCUUCUUCUAUACCAAGUCGUUUGUGAAGCAUUCCAUGGAGCAUGUGUCGAUGGCCUGCGUACAUCUGGCUUCCAAAAUCGAAGAGGCGCCGAGGCGGAUCCGGGAUGUCAUUAACGUGUUUCAUCGCCUGCGACACCUGCGAGAGAAAAAGAAACCUGUGCCUCUGAUCUUAGAUCAAGAUUAUGUUAAUCUAAAGAACCAAAUUAUAAAGGCUGAAAGACGAGUUCUCAAAGAGUUGGGCUUUUGUGUCCACGUGAAGCACCCUCACAAGAUAAUCGUUAUGUACCUUCAGGUGUUAGAGUGUGAGCGUAACCAACACCUGGUCCAGACAUCAUGGAACUACAUGAACGACAGCCUUCGCACAGAUGUGUUUGUGAGGUUCCAGCCUGAGAGCAUUGCCUGCGCCUGUAUUUACCUCGCUGCACGCACGCUUGAGAUUCCCCUGCCUAAUCGUCCUCAUUGGUUUCUUUUGUUUGGAGCAACUGAAGAAGAAAUCCAAGAGAUUUGCUUAAAAAUCUUGCAGCUGUAUACUCGGAAAAAGGUUGAUCUGACCCAACUUGAAAGCGAAGUGGAAAAGAGAAAGCAUGCCAUCGAGGAGGCAAAGGCACAAGCAAAGGGCCUGCUCACCAGCAGCACACAAGUUCUGGACAGCACCUCUGGGUUCUCGCCUGCCCUCAAGCUCGAAUCCCCCAAAGAAGGCAAAGGGAGUAAGCCCUCUCCGUUGUCUGUGAAGAAUACCAAGAGGAAAGCAGAAGCUUCAAAAAAAGCUAAGGCUGAUAGCCCGGUGAACGGCUUGCCAAAGGGGAGGGAGAGCCGGAGCGGGAGCCGUGAGCAGAGCCCCUCGAGGUCCCGGUCAGGGUCUGCCUCUCCAAAAAGGAGGAAAAGUGACAGUGGCUCAUCUUCCAGUGGGUCCAAGUCUCAGAGCAGGUCAAGGAGCCGCAGUGACUCACCUCCAAGACAGGUGCGCCCUGGUGCCCCAUACAAAGGCUCCAAGGUGAGGAGCUACACUAAGUCAAGAGACUGUAAAUACCCCACCCAGAAGCCUCCAAAGUCCCGGAGCCGGAGCUCCUCUCGCUCCCGAAGCCGCUCUAGGGAACGUUCAGAGAAUCCUGGGAAAUACAAGAAGAAAAGUCAUUAUUACAGAAAUGAGAGGCGGGAGCGUUCUCGGUCAUAUGAUCGAGCAGGCCGCCGCUAUGAGCGAGAUCACCCUGGGCACAGCAGGCACCGUAGGUGA